UGACCAAAUUGAGCAAGAACUAUAAGCAGCCAAUGCUAAAAUUAUCUGAGACUAAGCAAUGAGUACUCUUUUGUCACUCCUCUCAUUUAUUCUUGUGAUGGUGGUCGGAGUUGGCGAGGGGAGGAAGUUGUUGAGCGCAAAGAAGAUGACGAUGAUGGUGCCAGACCGCACGGCUGACGUGAUGGCAUACUGGAAGACAGUUCAUCCCAAUUCUCCAAUACCAUCAGCCAUACUCAACCUCUUGACACAACCAUCUGGAAGGCCCAGCCCGUCUCAUGUCAAGUCGCCUCCCUCGGCAACGUAGAUCAUGCGAGAUAUGGAAGGAAAUAUAGUGGGCUACGCAGAGAAGACAUCAAUGCCAAUCGGAUGCCGGCAACGCAAAUUGGUAACAAACGUGCGGCGUUGCACGAUGUACGCAGGAAUCGGACGCAGACUCUCAUUGCUUCGAGUGGAGACAAUGUUGGCCAAAUCGGACACAUGUGGCGCAACCAGAAGAAGAAUCUCCUUCUUACAUCAGGUAGUGGAGCCAAGGGGGCUGAUGAGAAGAGCUCAAUACUCAAAUUGAAUCCCAAGCUAGACAACCAAGCUAAGAAGAAAUUUUCACCAUACAACUAUAAUAACCCAGCAGACGGGUAUGAUCGUGUUUACUAUGAUGGCGAUAGUGAUAAGCACAUGUUAUUCGAGUAUGAAGCUCUGAAGAUAAAGAUGAAAAACUUGGAUAUGUACUGGUACAGUGGAACAAAUCAGAUUAACAAGAAACCUGAGCUAGACCUAGCCAACAAGAAACUUUCGCGUCACAACAAUAACAACCCAUCACAUGGUCAUGAUCAUAUUCUACUAGAUAAGAUGAAAUUGUUGCGUUACAUCUAUAGCAACCCAGCAGACAGGCAUGUUCGUGUUGACUAUGAUGGCCACAAUGAUAAUCACAUGGUAUUCAAUACUGAAUCCAUGAAGCUAAAGAAAGAAUUCUCAUAUUUGUACCAGUUCAGUGCAGUGAAGGGGAUUGACCAAAAGCCUGAGCUUAAUCUAGUGAAGAAGAAAUCUUCACGUUACGUCUAUGGCAACCCAGCAAAUGACCACCUUGUUCACUAUGAUGGUCGCAAUGACAAAUACAUGGUACUCAACCACAAAGCCAAGAAGCUAAAAAAGAAAAACUCAGAUUUGUACCAACACAGUGAAGCAAAUGGGAUUGACAAAGAAUCUAAGCUGAACAUGGCUAAGAAGAAACUUUCACGCUACAUCUAUGGCAACCUAGCAGAUGGACAUCAUCAUGUUUGCCUAGUUACGAAGAAAUUUCCACGUUACAUUUAUGACAACCCAGCAGUUAGCCGUCAUGUUUACUAUGAUGGUCACAAUGACAAAUACAUGGUACUCAACUAUGAAGCCAUGAAGCUAAAGAAGAAAACUUCAGAUUUAUACCAACACAGCGAAGUGAAUGGGAUUGACAAAAAGCCUAAGCUGAAGCUAGCUAAGAACAAAUUUUCACGUUCAAUCUAUGGCAACCUCGCACAUGGACAUGAUCAUGUUCACCUAGCUAAGAAGAAAUUUUCAUAUUAUUACACCUUUGGCAAUCCAGAAGAUGGGCAUGAGCAUGCCAAUCAUCAUGGUGGUUAUGACAAUCACAUAGUAUUCAACAAACAAGCCGUGAAGCUAAGGAAAGGGAACUCAAAUUGGUACUAUUACAGUGGACUAAAGGAGAUUAACAAAAGGCAUAAGCCAGAUCUAGUUAACAAGAAAUUUGCUCGUUACAUCUUUAGUAACCCAGAAAAUGAACGACCUUUUUUGUGAAGUAUUAUUAAUUUAAUAAAAACUGCAAAACUAGUACCAUCAUGUUGGCACACUGUUGAUGAAUUAAUGGUUUGCUGAGAUAGAAAUAUUAAAGAACGGUGUACCAUUCUUCAACGGGACAGUCUAGCAUGGCACGCUUCCAUCCACACAAGCCACCACGUUUAGCGAGGACUCCUAUACAUACAUACGUCGGUACGUGGCUAGCUAGACCACAAGGACUCCUACACUUGCACAUAUGUACUCCCUCCAUUCCAUAAUAUAACACAUGGUCAACCAUUGGCACAGUCUUCAAAACUAAUCUUUGACUUUAAAUUUCUCAUAUACUAUAAGGUUUAUUGCAACAAAUUUAUAACCAUCUUAAAGUAAAUUUAAAUGUCAAUCCAAUGAUAAUAAUUUUAACAAAUAAAAUUUAAUUUAUAUUAUAAUAAUUGUUGGUUAAAUGUUUUUAAAGUUGAAUCUUGGAAUGUGUACAUGUCUUAUAUUAUAGGAUAGAGUGAGUACAUGGAUAGGCCAGCUGGCCCGGUAGGGCUGUUGCGCUCCUGUGUAUUGGGCCACGGCCCAACCAUACAUUUUUUUUCCUUUUUUUUUCUUUUCACUAUUCUUUUCCUUUCUUUGUGUUUUUUUAUUUGAAUCACUUGAUAUCUCUUUCUAGAGCAUAGAGACUAAAUGUAUCACUAUAACAUACCUGAUACCUAAAAAAAUCCCCAUGUAUAACCCAUAUGUAUCAUGAUACCUCGAGGACCACGGGCACUACCUUGAGGAUACUGUAGGUGAUACUUUGAGCGUACUAGAUGAUACCUCGAGGGUAUCAUAUGUAUCAUGGUACCUCGAGCGUACCAAAUGAUACCGUGAGGUACCGAGUGUAUCUCAUGAUACCUCGAGGACCACGGGCGAUAUCUUGAGGGUACCAAAUGAUACCUCAAGGGUACCGUAGGUGAUAAUUUGAGGAUACCGAAUGAUGUCUCGAGGUACCAAAUGAUACCUUGAGAUACCAGGUGUAUCAUGAUACCUCGAGGACCAUGGUAUACCAGGUGUUUCAUGAUACACUAUAUACAACAAGCUUGUAUGCUUAACAAGCAGUGUACUUGCAGGCUCUAACAUGCAUGUACUACUUGUUGUAUAUACUCUACCACGCAGUGUUGGCCCUGUUUAGUUUCAGGGAUUAAAAACUUUGGCGUGUCACAUCAGAUAUACGGACACACAUUUAUAGUAUUAAACGUAGUCUAAUAAUAAAACAAAUUACAUAUUUCGUCUGUAAAC